AUGGUGCAGAAUGGAAAACAGUUUGAGAAGCACAUCCUGAGCUGCGUGGUGUACCUGCUGGGCCAGAGCUACCUCAAGACCCUGGAGAUGCGGGACCCGGCCUUGGUGGCCCGCGCCAUGUGCGCCAUGAUGAGCUCGGCGAACGCGAACGGCGUGCUCACGGGGAACUGGUCGGGGAACUACUCGGGCGGCACGUCGCCCAAACGCUGGUCGGGCAGCGUGGCCAUCCUGCAGCAGUUCCACGACACGCACCAGCCCGUCUGCUUCGGCCAGUGCUGGGUGUUCGCGGGCAUCCUCACCACGGCGCUCAGGGCGCUGGGCAUCCCCGCCCGCAGCGUGACCACCUUCCAGUCGGCCCACGACACGGAGAAGGACCUGACCGUGGACGUGUACCUCAACUCCACCGGCAAGAUCAUCCCGCACCUCACCAAGGACUCCGUGUGGAACUUCCACGUGUGGACGGACGCGUGGAUGAGGCGGCCGGAUCUGCCGCAGGGCAACGACGGCUGGCAGGCGCUGGACAGCACGCCGCAGGAGGUCAGCCAAGGCAUCUUCCGCUGCGGGCCGUCCCCGCACGCCGCCAUCCGCAGCGGCAACCUGUUCCUGGGCUUCGACACCAAGUUCGUGUUCACGGAGGUGAACGGCGACCGGCUGGUGUGGCUGCUGCGCAGCGCGGGCGGCGAGGACGUGUACAGCCUCAUCGCCGUGGAGACGGACAGCAUCGGCAAGACCAUCAGCACCAAGGCGGUGGGCCAGGACCGCCGCCACGACGUCACCUACCAGUACAAGUUCCCCGAAGGCUCGGUGGAGGAGCGCCAGGCCAUGGAGCACGCCUACUCGCUGCUGCAGCUGUCCCGGGCGCCGGCGGGGCUGGCGGUGCGCGAGGACGCGGUGGAGCUGGGCCGGCCGCUGGCGCUCACGGUGCUGCUGGCGGCGGCGGGCGGCGGCGAGGCGCGGCGCGUGCGCGUCUCGGCCUCGCUGGACCUGCAGACCUACACGGGCCGCAGCGUGGCCGCGCUGGCCGAGACCUACACGGGCCGCAGCGUGGCCGCGCUGGCCGAGGUGGAGCGCGAGGAGACGCUGCGCGGCCCGGAGGCCGAGGUGGCGUUCUCGGUGCCCGCCGACGCCUACCUGCCCAAGCUGGGGCUGGUGGAGGACGAGGUGGUGGUGAAGGUGUGGGUGCUGGCGCAGGACGUGGAGUCGGAGGAGAUCGCGGCACCGAGGGCCACGCUCUCCUUCUUCUACCCGGGCUUCGCCGUGGAGAUGCCGGACGUGGGGAAGGUGGGCGAGGAGAUGACGUGCGUGUGCCGCUUCCGCAACGUGCUGCCCAUCCCGCUCACCGCCGCCUGCUUCUCCCUCGAGAGCCUGGGCAUCGCCUCACGCAGACCGACGCUGCCGCCCGGCCACGCCCUGGAGCUGCAGAUCCACUGCGUGCCCGUGCCCGGGGCGCGGAGGUUCAUCUUCAAGUUCUGGUCGCGGGAGGUGAAGGAGGUGCAGGCCGAGAAGGUGGCGCUCAUCGCCUAGGGCCGCCCGGCCCCCGCCACGCCGCGCCCCGGGCCCUGAUU